AUGCUUUCCAAAGCACCAUUGAGAAAGAAGCGUAACUUCAAAAACCUUACUUUGCCAAAUUCACCAGUGGUUGUGAGUCCAUCAUCAUCCAAUUCAACCACAGAACCAGGCAACACAACUACAAAAACCGAAGCUGCUAAACGACGAUCGUCUACCAAGGAUCUCGAAGUAGAAUACAGUAAACUACGCGAACAGCUGAGUGACUUAGAAAUUGGACUUGAAUUGCGAUUAGAUUUGCGUCCUGAAGAUCUCAAUUCAAUCGAUGAGCUGGGAAGAGGCAAUGGUGGUACCGUAUGCAAAGUACUUCAUGUUCGAACUAACACAGUUAUGGCGCAAAAGAUAAUCCAUGUAGAAGCGAACAUCAACGUCCGAAAACAGAUCAUGCGAGAGCUUCGGUUUAUGCACGACUGUAAUUCACGACAUAUUGUCAGUUUCUAUGGUGCGUUUAUGAACGGUGGUGAUAUCUCAAUUUGUAUGGAGUAUAUGGAUAUCGGCUCGCUCGAUAACAUUUACAAAAAGAACGGGCCUGUACCUUUGGAUGUACUAAAGCAUAUUGCCUAUGCGAUUGUAGAUGGACUUAUAUACCUUUAUGACGAGCAUCGGAUCAUCCAUCGAGAUCUCAAGCCUUCCAAUGUUCUCGUCAAUUCACAGGGACAGAUCAAAUUGUGUGACUUUGGUGUGUCUGUACGAUUGAUUAAUUCAGUGGCAGAUACAUUUGUGGGCACAAGUUCUUACAUGAGUCCUGAACGCAUUAUGGGAUCACCUUACUCUGUAAAAUCAGAUGUUUGGUCUCUUGGUAUUACAAUUAUGGAGCUUGCUCUUGCCCGAUUUCCUUUCCCUCCAGAGGGAACUCCUCUAUCUAUCUUUGAGUUGCUUCAACAUAUCGUCAAUGAGCCUUCUCCAACAUUCCCUCCCAACAAAUUUCCUUUCCUGCUUACCGAUUUUGUCGACAUGUGUCUGAUAAAGGAUAUUAAACUACGAGCUACACCAAGUGAUUUAAUGAAACACAAAUACUUGGUAUCCAUAGGAUCAGAGAAAGUGGAUCUUGAGAGAUGGGCAAAGAGUUUGUCUGGAGCACCCCAACGUAUUGACCUUUCAAAAUUACAGACAAAAAAAUGA